AUGUCGAAAAUGAGGUAUUGGGUCGACUUUCACCUUGCUCAACAACUUCAUGAGAUCAGAGUUGGCUCGUCUAACAUAACUUGGAAUAUCCAACAAACAUCAGCCGCGAGCCCAGGCUCAAAUCCUCCAGCAAUCGACGAAGCAGGCGACAGUCUGCCUCCCUUGGAUGCAAUAGAUGGUGCUAUGGAGCCGGCCAUCGAAGGAGCCACCGACGAAAUCAUCGACAUGGUCUCCCAUUUGUCGUUGUUGCCAGAUCCGCUUUCGAAGUUGACCAGAUCGGACUCCAGCUUGGUGUUCAACUCCUUCAGCUGCUCCAGUUGUUUAGUGUAUUCAUUGACCUGGAUCUCCAGCGCCUCGCACCGUUUGGUCAGGUCUUCGUUCUUUGAUCUGUACUCAAUGAUCUCAUUACUCAGCUUCUUGUUCCGUGCAACAAUAGCCGAAUCGAGUUGA